CAUUUAUCUACGCCCCCUCGUCCCAUGCUACAACACGUUCAAACUUAAUCCCACAGCAAUAAACUACCGGCAACAACUAAAAAGGUGGUGGAGAUCAUGGGGCGACUCCCCUGCUGCGAGAAAGACAACGUCAAGCGCGGCCAGUGGACUCCCGAGGAGGAUCAGAAGCUCUCCUCCUACAUCGCCCAACACGGCACCCGCAACUGGCGCCUCAUUCCCAAGCAUGCUGGCCUUCAGAGAUGCGGGAAGAGCUGCAGACUGCGAUGGACUAACUACCUCCGCCCCGACCUCAAGCAUGGCCAGUUCUCCGAAGCUGAAGAGCACACCAUAGUCACUCUCCAUUCCGUUCUUGGAAAUCGAUGGGCUGUGAUCGCUGCGCAGCUUCCCGGGCGAACGGACAACGACGUGAAGAAUCAUUGGAACACGAAGCUGAAGAAGAAACUCUCCGGCAUGGGGAUUGAUCCGGUGACGCACAAGCCCUUCUCCCACCUCAUAACGGAGAUCGCGACGCUGCCGCCGCCGCAGGUGCCCAAUCUGGCGGAGGCAGCCCUCGGCUGCUUCAAGGACGAGAUGCUCCAUCUCCUCACCAAGCGCCGCAUCAACAUACAGCUCCAGCAAUACGGCGGCGGCGGAGUCCCCGCUGGCAUGAAACACGAGGAUGGAAAAGACGAGACGAUCGAGAAGAUCAAGUUUGGAUUGUCCAAGGCCAUCAAAGAGACCGGAAUGCCGCCGUUGGACAAGCCGUGGGAGCCCGUCGGAGCGACCUCCGGGUACAUCGGAGGGGUGUUUGGGUCGUUUCCCGGGUCGGAUAACGGCUUCCACUACGAACUCGCGUCUCUAGACAACGAGGGCGGAGCCUCGCCGUGGGGCCAGAGCAUGUGCAUGGCGGCGGAGCACCACCACGGCGGUUUGCAUGAGAAGGUGGCGGAGGAGGAGCGCGGCGGCGAGGACUCCGUGAAUAGGAAGGAAACGAGAAAUGGGGAGAGCAUGUUCAACUCCGAGUGCUCGUUGUGGGAUUUGCAGUCCAAUGAUUUGAUGAAUCCUAUGAUUUAAUUUGUUAGAUUAUAUUCGAGAUGAAAGUGAGGUGGUGAGGAAUAGUGUUCAAAUUAGUGGAUCAUUGAAAAUGUAAAUGAAGAUCAUCAAAAUAAUCAAACCAUAUAUGCUUGCAAAAAUAUGAAAUAUAUGUAGAAACCCAUUUUACGUCCCGCAUCCGUUUAUAGGUUUCUCAAAGUUACAACACUAAUUAACACCCGCAAUGUAUUGGAAUGAGUUUCAGCCCUCGUUUGGUUGGGCGUUUUUAGAGGUUGGAAAGGGA